GCUGAGGGUGGAGUGAGAUUGCCACUGCCUCAUUUGCCCUGACGGACCAGCCACCCCUCGGAGACUCCUGGUAGCUUGUUUUAGAAAUCUGGUUUCAUCGAAGAAGUGGAUCUGACAAGCCGACAGUUUCUUCUCCUUGAACAUCCCCCUUUCGGAGGGCUCUGCAUUUCGAAUGUGGCUCAUGGCCCUUUGAAAGUGUCACCCCUGCCCUACUGAGGUGUGGCUAGGCUGUAGGUUUCAUCUUUCUUGAUGGCAGCCCGUUUUGAGGACUACCUUCCCACAGUUUUGAGCCUGGGGACUGAAAUAUAUUACUGCUUUCCUACCUGGAAGAUUUGGCCGUUCUUUCUUUGGAAAGCGGCUCAUCACAGCCCCAAAAGAUGGGCUUGACUUCCUCGAAGGCUCGUCGGAAGGUGACGAAAGUAGCCCCAAUGCCAAGGCAAGAGGAAAGGUUGCAGUGCCCUGGGAACAUGGCUGUCUACACAUUCCAGAGCCCUCUGAGAGGGGCAAGUCCAAACUCGUUCGCCUCCCGGAUGGAGAGAAACCUGGCUCUGGAAAGGCACCUUCCACCCCUGAGAGAAAUGAGGCAGGGAAGAUAUCCCACAGUACCCAGGACCAUUCCGCUAGACCUCAGGACGGAAGGGGGAGAAGCCAGCAUCAUCAAGCAGCACCCUCCUCUGAGACCUCAGAAGCUGGAGCCUUUCAUUCUUGCAAAAGACAUCCCUCCGGAGAAGUUCUUGAGCUUGCAAUGCACGGCAGCAGCAUGCGAAGCAAAGGGGCUAGAUCAGGGAGGGCAAGCUGUUCUACACCCCGCUGGAAGACGACAGUAUUUACUCAAGAUGAAAAUGCUGGAAAAAAGGAAAGAGGCAGAACUGAAGAGAUGUUUGCACCAGGAGGCAAGACUUAACAAGCCACAACUGAAGGACCUCAACAUCAGUGAAACUCUUGGGUGUGUGCAGGGAAAUAAUAGCUCUGAUGAUGAAGAGCUGCUCGCCCUUGAGUUUGGCCAAACACUUGAAAGAAACCACGGUGAUCGGUGGGAUGGAGAAUUUUUGAGAGAGCACGGACCAUCUGAAUCCCAUUUAGGCCAGGUGGGCAAAGUAGAGACGUGGCUGCUGAAGCAGCAGUCAAGACGAGAAUCAUCUUGGGAUGCUUCAAGCACUGACUCUGACGACUGGAGACCUUGCCGGAAACCGGCCUUGGUGAGAACAAAGACAGAGAGGAUCGCCCUCUUUGAUGAGUUUUUCGAUAAAGAGUUUUGAGCUCCAGAAAGCCACCAGAGUUAUGGCCAAGUUGGUGAGAAAGAGGGAAGGAGCCAGCAAUGGCAACAACGCUGGUGUAGUGGUGGGUAAGAGAGUGAACUAUGAAUCAGGACAUCCCCAAAUCUCAUCUCUGCCAUAAACUCACAAGAUGGCUUUAGGCAAGCCUCCCCCAGCCUCAGUUGCCUCAUCUGUGAAAUGGAGGAUAGUAAUAAUAAUGACUAACUUACAGGGCUGUUGGAAGCAUAUGAAGUGUUUGGAACACUUGAAAACACUUUACAACUGUUAAGUAUUAUUACUUAAUUAUUUUUACUUAAAGUACUUAUACACGUCAAAAAAAGUUUUCCCCCAACUGUAGAGGGGGCGGCUGUUUUAAUUGUUUUGCUUUAUAUUAUACUGUGAUUAAGAAAUGAGCUGAUUUGUCUAAUCUAUUGUGUUUAAAAAUAAGCUUGUUUUUUCC